AUGAAUAUCACUGGAGUAGAAAUAAAAGGUGUCAAAGUUAGCUGUGAUAUCGAUGUGUCAAUAUAUGCAAUGAAUUACUACAUGGCAUUUUCUGAAGGGUACCUGGCGAUACCAUACAACAGUUUAGGACGAAGAUACAUCGCAGCCACGUAUAGUAAUAUUAACUUCACAAUAAUAAUGCUUAAUAACGUAAGUGUUGGGGUAAUAUGCACAGAAGACAACACCACAGUAACGUUGUUUCUGAAAAUUAAAAAUGGUGUUCUGUAUUUUGGUGGACAUGCGUAUCAAUCGAAUGAUUCUCUAACUGUCAAUCUUAAUGCCUAUGAAACUUUUUAUUUUUCAAAUACACAUGAUCUCAGUGGUACAAUUAUUACAUCAACCAAACCAGUUGCGGUCGUUUCUGGUGGCGAUAUCAGCAUAAACAGAUCAUCCCAAUAUACAGACUACACUACAGAAAUGAUUCUCCCUAGUGAACAGCUUGGGAAAGACUUUGUUGUUCCAUUGUUAUACGAUUCUUUUUGUCUUUACAGAGUACUAGCCGAUGACGACGCAACUGUAACCAUUCAAAACUCAACAAGUAGAAAUACUAAAACGCUUGUGAAAGGGGAGUUUCUGGAUAUUUCAAACUUUACUGCAUCAACUGUUGAGUCUUCUACAGGAGUUCUUGUGCAGUUAUAUUGUGCCAAAUUUUACAGCACGUGUAAUUAUGCAAUGACUACAGUCCCAAGUAUUCAACAUUUUAAAACUAGUUAUCAAUUUGCCGUAGUUUCGAACUAUCCACUUGACAGGUUUCCGCCAGAUAACUUUUUUAUCACAAUUAUAAUCACAGCAGACGACAAACAUGAUCUGAUUUUAGACGGAAAAACAGGAAUCAUGUUUAAUGAAAAAUCAAAAAUUAAAUUGGCUGGAAAGAAAUACUCUAUCCUUUCGCAUGAAUUAGUUGUUGGAAUUCAUGAAAUGCAUCAUGCCGAAAGCGUUCCAUUCGGACUUAUCGUGUAUGGACGAAAUCCAUUAGAUGGAUAUGCUUACCCUGCAGGACUUAAACUGAAUCUACAGUAA